AUGAGCGACGCAACAACUUCCGGAAAGCGUCCCAGGGAUGAGGAAAGAGUUGGAAAUUUAGGAUGGCUUGCCAGCAGUGGGGCGCUCCCACGCAAAAAGCAGGACAUCGAAGGCGUCAGCGGCAGCAGCAUCCUCGAACUCCAAGCACAGCUUUAUCGAGCACAAGAAAAUGCAAAGCUUCGCUCAAGCGGUGUGGAAUUGCCCGACCGGCGAACGUCAGGUCUCAAUGUUGCCGCUCUCAUGAAAGGUCGCAACGCCGGUGUGGAAGAGCGUGACAAGAAAGACAGGCUUGAAGUCAAGAGCACGGCCGACCGCAUCGGGGAAUGUUAUGCUGCCCUAGAGCGCAAGGCGCAGCUAUACGAGAAACUUGCUCGUGGCGAGGUUGAGGACGAUGAAGACCAGUACGAGGUGGACUUUCUGCGAAAGGGCGAGGAGGGCCCGUCAGGCAGGUCCAGAAGCGACGGCCCGCUGGACAGCAUGCUUGAGGCGGUGUCGGGAUCGGGCGGAAUGCUUUCGGCGGAUAUGCAGCGGGAGCGCGAUCGACGCGCUUGGGAGCGGGAGCAGGACCAGGCACUUGCGGACGAGGAAGCGGAGGCGCGGAGGCGCAAGCAGAAAGAGGAGCUGCUUUCCCUAGGGCAGCAAACGCGGGAGGAGAGGCAGCGCGCUGAGGCGCUCAAGACGCGCAAGGAGGAGGCGGAGCGACUGCGACGCGAGGAGCUCAAACACAAGUUCCUCCGAGAACAGCUUGCGAAAAAGUUGGGAGCGGGUGGGAAAGGAGGCACAGCUGUCACAAACAAGAACAAGUAG